UGGCAGCGCCAAUUUCCAAGUGAGACAUUUGUUGACAGUUCUUUUGCAUUUAUUAAAUAAUAGAACAAACAAGGGCGGCAAGGAAUGCUAAGAAGGAUGAGCACUUUCAGUGGUCAAAAACUGGCAACAGUGGUGAAGGAGCUAGAGAACUUUGCGCCGAUUACUUUGGCAGAGAAAUGGGACAACGUUGGACUCCUUAUUGAACCGCACCGAGAAAAGCAAGUCAAGAAAAUCUUGCUAACCAAUGAUUUAACCGAACCUGUGAUGAGCGAAGCACUAACAAAGGAAGUGCAGCUUAUCAUCAGCUAUCAUCCGCCUAUUUUCAAGCCCCUGACGAGAGUAACUCAGUCGCAUUGGAAGGAGCGUGUAGUGGCCGCCUGUUUGGCCAAUGAUAUAGCCCUUUACUCACCUCAUACAGCGUGGGAUAAAGCAUGCGGUGGCGUCAACGAUUGGCUGUCGCAGGCAGUGGAUAUCCUGAGUAUCCGGCCUUUGGAACCCGAAUUAGGAGCUCCACCGGGCACAGGGUCCGGCAGAUAUAUAGACACCAAAAUGGAGCUCUCACAGGUGCUUGAAUCCUUGCAAAAGCACAUCGGAAACAGCGUACACGUUGCUCUGGCUGUGGAUCAUAACCCCAAGACCCUUAUCCAAUCUGUAGGCAUUUGCGCUGGGUCUGGCGGUUCCCUUUUGAAAGGCAUCAAAGCGGACCUUAUUAUUACCGGCGAAAUGUCGCACCACGAAGUGCUGGAGUUCACCCACAACAACACAACUGUGCUGCUUUGCAAUCACAGCAAUUCGGAAAGGGGUUUCCUAAAGCAGUUCUCCCCUAAGUUGAGCGAGUCCCUAAAGGGAGCCUGCGAGAUUUUGGUAUCCGAGACGGAUAAGGAUCCAUUGGUCACUGUAGCAAAGGAUCUAAAUAAAGAGCAAAGCGCUUUUGCUGACUGCUACAUAGUUGGUUAAAUAAUGUAUCUCUCCUCUUGCAUAAAUUGAAAAUAUAAUCUGCCAAGGAGGUUAAUAAAAAACAUUUUUACGUUUAACAAUGCA